AUGCUACUAAAUAAUAUUGUUCUCCGCAACUUCCGUAACUAUGUUGAUUGCGAAGUGAGUUUUUCCAAGCCUGUCAAUCUAAUUAUUGGCGGGAACGCGCAAGGAAAGACAAGUCUACUUGAAGCAAUCUAUUUCCUUUGUACUGCUGAAUCACACCGAGCAACUCGUGAUGGUGAACUCAUUCGGCACAACGAAGCAGGAUUUUAUCUGAGAGGAACGUUGGGAAACAGUAGUAACGAUGUGAUGUCGCUUGAGGCGAUGAAGCGCACGCGUGGGCAGUUUAAACUGAAAAAGAAUGGGGUGCUUCAAACGAAACGCUCUGAAUGGAUUGGGCAGUUUAAUGCGGUGCUCUUCUCACCAGAAUCACUGGUAUUAGUGAAGGGCGGCCCCGCAGAGCGCCGAAGGUUUUUGGACUUGCUCAUUUCACAAAUCGACAGCACUUACCUAAAAAAUUUGCAGAAAUAUAGACUGGUUCUCAGGCAACGGAACGAACUUCUUAAACAAAUUCGUACGACGUUCGUGGAUGCGGUACAGUUAGAUGUCUGGGACAAACUUUUAAUUGCACAUGGUGCUGCAAUUAUCAUAAAGCGAUUAGAAAUUUUUCACCAAUUAAAAGCCUACGCUAUGCAAAAUCACCAAAAACUCACUGGUGGUAAAGAAAACCUCGCAUUGACGUAUUGUUCCACAUUAGAAGAAUCAGAGAUUGGGUUCCUGGAGACCAAAACUGAAACCGAGAUAGCAAAGGACUUCGACGUAGCUUUAAAUGCAUCGCGCGGUGCUGAUUUACAGAGAGGCACAACCCUCGUCGGACCGCAUCGCGACGAUUUUCUCAUCGAACUGGAGAACGCGGAAGCGAGAACUUACGGGUCCCAGGGUCAACAACGGACGAUAGCGUUAGCACUUAAACUGGCAGAGUUAGAGUUAAUCCGAACUGUGACGGGACAGGAUCCGAUCGUCCUUCUGGACGAUGUCACUUCAGAAUUAGAUUACAAGCGAACAGAGUACCUAUUAAACGUCCUCCAAAAUUUGAGCGCGCAAACCUUCAUUACUGCGACCCAUGCUGAACCCCUCGUGCACCACCUCAAUCAACCAAACGUCCUAACAGUAGAGAACGCCCAGAUAAACCACACCCCCGAAACUAAUUUUAAAUGA